CCUCGUAUCCUCACACACUGCCAUCCUCGACUGCCGCAGCCCACCACGGCAUUGUCAUACCUAACCUCACCCUAUAGAUCACACAGCCAUGGCGAGCAAGGCCGCCAUCAAGAGGCUCACCAAGGAGUACCAGAUGAUGGAAAAGGACCCUCCUCCCUUUUGCUUCGCCAGGCCCCUCGAGUCCGACAUCCUCACCUGGCACUUCAUUCUCAGGGGCCCUCCGGGCACCCCAUACGAGGGCGGAGAAUACUGGGGCCAGCUCAUCUUUCCAUCUGAUUACCCAUUCAAGGCACCCGGGAUGAAGGUGGCCACACCUAACGGGCGCUUCACUGAGAAUGCCCUCAUCUGCACCAGCAUGAGCAACUUCCAUCAGCACAGCUGGAACCCAAGCUGGAGCGUGGCAAACAUUCUGAUCGGACUGCACUCAUUCAUGAAUGCUGAAGACAUCGCCACUGGCGCUAUGACUGCCACCCCUGAGCAGCGCAAGACCUGGGCUUCCCGGUCUCACUCUUGGAAUGUCAACCAGCCCCGCUUCAAGAAGAUCUUCCCAGAAUAUGCUGCCGAUAGCGUGAAUGCCGUCGACCUGCCCAAUAUGGGUCAGACGAUGCCUCCAAAGGGCAAGAAGGAGAAGGCCGGCGAUAGUAGCAGCCCUGCCAAGGCUGCACCGGGAGUAGGAGGGGGCAAGAGUGAGUGAAGCACGAUAGUUUCUAGAGGCACGGGAGAGAACUAGAAAAAGCAGAGAAGUUCUACCAUGGGCAUUUCAUCAAUCGACAACACACAAGCAUCAUCAGCCACCGAUUUCCAUAACAUUCAAUCUGAUACCUCCGCAAGAGCAUUAGCAGCAAGACCAGUCCAGCAGCCAGCAGUAGUCGCCGCAGACGGGUCGUUCUCAAC